AACUUUGAUAUUAUUAUUAUUGGAACUGGGUUGCGUGAGACUAUACUUUCAGCAGCUUUUUCACGCGUAGGCCAAAAAGUUCUGCAUGUUGACGCUGAAAACCAUUAUGGAUUAGAAUUUCAAACUUUAAAUUUGAAAGAAUUUAUUGAAAGGUCCUCUUUAUCGAACUUUCAAAGUGAUCCGCCUUCAGAUGAAAAUAUUUAUGCUGAUGAAGGAGAAAAAAUACUACAUUUACCUCAAAGAUUAAGAAUUUUCGAUAAUUUUCAAACUGAAAUUCAUCAUAACGGUAAAGAAUUUCCUUCUAAUCAGUCAUUUUGGGAAGAAUUAAUAGGAAACAGUAAAAAAUUUUCCAUAGAUCUUGCCUCAUACUUGCUAUUUUCUACUGGACCUUUAACAAAAUUAUUAGUUGAAUCCAACGUUGCACGGUAUAUUGAAUUUCGAGCAUUAGAUGCCUCUUUUUUGGAAAUAAACGGAAAAAUUGAAAAGGCUCCCUGCUCGAAGGCUAACAUUUUUUCUAGUGCUUUAAUAAAUGUUUUUGAAAAACGACUUUUGAUGAAGUUUUUAAAAUUUGCUUAUACGUUUGAUGAAAAUAUAGACGACUGGAUUGAGCACAAAGAUCUUCCGUUCUCCGACUUCCUACAUCAAAGAAAACUUGGAGACACACUCAAGUCUAUAAUUUUGCACGCCAUUGCGCUAUCAGAUUGUCACGUGACAACCUACACAGGUCUUCUAAGGACUCAGCGAUACUUGAAGUCGGUUGGAAAGUACGGAAAUACGCCUUUUAUUAUAUCUUCAUACGGCAUGAGCGAAAUAGUACAAGCGUUUGCCCGUCUUUCUGCUGUUUUUAACGGCGUUUUUAUGCUGAACAAAAAAGUUAAAGCGGUAGCAAUUAAUAACGAAGAUAACACGUGUAAGAAGAUUAUUUUGGAUCAAGGUGAAAUAAUUCGUUGCCGUUAUGUUAUCGCUUCUUCAAUUUAUUUUUCUCAAUGGGCAGAGCUCCACCAUAAAAUAGCGCGGGCUUUCUAUAUUACCGCUCGAAGCAUAAAUUUUCAAGAGGACUACUUUUUUAUAAACGACGAAUAUAAAAAUAAACAGAAUGCAUUUUUAGUUGUACCACAAAAUACUAAAAUACUUGUAACUGAUGAUUCGAGUUAUGAAAUUAGUAGUAACGUUUUUAUUACUCAACUGUCAGAACGUUCUUCAAGUUGUCCUCAGAAUUAUUUUAUCAUUUACAUGCGAUCUCAAAGUUUGAAUCUUGAUGCAGCCUUGAAGGAUUUAAAGAUGUUGGAGAAUUAUUAUUUUUGCACUUCAAUAACUUUGAAUUUGGUGUUUGUCUAGAAAAUUGUA